AUGGACGGCCUGGCAGUAGAGCAAUACCCUAUUACGCGGACGCCGCCGCUGGCAUCGACUGAAUCCAAUAUGGCUGGCCUGGCCUCCCAGCAGUCUCCUCGACAGCUAUCAGAGAAGCGAGAGUUGCCUCACCACUCGAUCCUCAGCACCGCCGCCCUGUUGAACCCCAUUAUCGAGAAGGAAACAGUUCUGCCGCCGGUGGAGGAUCCCGUGGCGCCACAUCGCCAUCUUCAGUCUCUCUCUCCCACGCCUCGACUUCCGCCCAUUCAGUCUCGCUCGCACACUCCUCGGUCUAUUUCACACCCUCAUUCCAUCUCUCAGUCGCAUCAUUCGCACUCCGUUCCCAACUCGCAAUCCCAGUCUCCGAUCAUUGGAAAUGCCGUCUCAGCGUCUACAACGCCUCCGCAAGAGCCAAUAAUCAACGGACUCGCCAUGGAUCUUGCGCAAAAGUGA